GAACUUCAUGGAAAUGGUGCCCUUGCAGCAGAAGCCCUCGCACGAUGAUGAUUUUACUUAUCUCUCAUUAUUCUGCCCGAAAAAUGAUCUUGUUUUAGGCAAAAAAUUGAAAUAUAACGGCUUUUCGGCUAAGCCAAUCAAUUUUAUUCUAGAUCAUCGGCGAGCGAGCGACUCGGAGAGUGAGAGAGACGGAUAUCUGAAUCGCGAAACCCUUUAUCAACCCUUCUCAUUCUUACACACUAGUCGAAAGUUUGCGGCGAUCAUUCGAAGCCUCGAGCGUCCAUGUUGUAAAAGUCUCUCUUUGUGGAAAAGUGCGCUUUUUGGAAUGGAUUUUCUGGAUGAACCCAAGGAACCGAGAGAGUGGCUCUCAUGGAAGGCACUCCAGAUGCUAAAUGAGAAGGACUAUGCACUCUGUCCUAUACACCAUCGCUCUGCUCCGUUAAUUUUGGGGAAACCGCUAAUCCGUGAGCGUCUGGUUGAGCUGAGCAGCGCGAUGACAACCAACUGGACGCCUGGGCCUCAAGCUAUCUUCCUGCUUGAUAAGGUGCAUAGCGAAGUUAUACCCGACGUGAACUUCGACGAGGCGCGCAAGGAGAUGAAAGAUUUGGGCGAUGGCGUAUUCAAGAAGAUUUUCAGGAAGGGAUUGGGCGAGAAGGUGCAGGACGGCAAUGCGAUUGCAGUGCAGUACACGACGUAUGAUGAGGAUGACAUUGUGAUCAGGGAUACCACCUUAAUCACCCAGGAGCCCUUUGUGUUCGUCCUGGGCGGCGAUUCUGGCGUCUUGCCGGCCUUCGAGAAUGCCGUGCGGACGAUGCGCGACCAGGAAAGGGCGCAGUUCCUCAUUCCGCGGUUGUACUUCGGAGAACCCCCGAAUGAGCACACUCGGUAUCCCAACGAUCGCCAGAUCGUCUUUGCGGACAUCGAAGUGAUCCGAGUUUCGGUGCCGCUGCGGAAGGAGGAGAAAGUGCAGCUGCUCAUCAACUACAAUCACACACAUAGGUUCGUCGAGAAUUCGCUUGACAAGGGAUGCAUGGCCAGCAAUUACGGCUUCCUUCGCGCCGCCGUCUAUGAGUGCAUCAGCAGCAUCUUCGUGCUGAUGAAUGCCUUCGUGCACCAUCCGCAGAGCAACGAGAAGCGUCUGGUGAUGCUCAUGAAGGCGUCUCUGAGUGCUGGCAAGAUAUAUACAAAGCUUGGUCACCACGAGAAGGCCUUCGAGAUACUGUAUUUUGCCGCCGAGCUUGGCGAGAAGGGCGCGCGCGCAAACAACUCCCUCAAUGGCCUUAUCAACUUGCACUUGUGCGAAUCUCUGCGACUGCAGAAGAAGAUAGUGCAGGCGACUGUGUACUACAACCGCGCCAGGAAGUACCUGGGCGACGGGGAUACAAUUAGACAGGAGUGGCAGUAUCUCAGCAAUGCGUAUAAUUUGUACAUCGACGCGAUUGCCUUCGACAAGUCGGUGGGACGCGUGAUUGACGACGUGCCGCCGCCGAUCGGGAAAGCGACGAUUCCUUGCGAAGACUGCAAUAACAACGAGGAGAUAUUCAAGGCGACGUUCGACGAGAUCGUGAACUCUUUCCUGCGCUCCGGGUGGAUGAUAACUGUUUUCUACGGGAUGCAAGGCGAGAACAAGCUGAACUGGGCAGAGGCCGUUGUGGCCAAGUACAAGACGAUCCGACUCAGCACGAGAACUCAUGAUCAAGGAUGGGUUAAUUAUACUCUCGGGAAGGUCUAAAUUGAUUUCAUUUCUCAUGCUUUUCCUACAUUAAUUGGUUUACGAAGAAUAAAGAGAUUUCACAUUUAU